AUGGGCCUGCUGUCCACCGUCCUCGGCUUCUCCGCAUGGGGCCUCGCAUCCCGUUUUGGACAGCUUGGCAUCCAGCGCCGACCAUUACUUGACAAACCUCUCGGACAUGCUAUUGCCGCCGGCGCCUUCGGCUUUGUGGGCUACUGGGCAUACCAGUGGGACGUCAAGUCUGGAGAGAUGCUGCAGGGGAUGAGGGCAGAGAUCAAGGAGAGGAGGCAGAAGCAGAUUUCGGCCGCUGAGGAGGCGGGAAACGCCGAGUUGGCACAAUGGCUCAAGGACCGUGUAUAG